AGUAGGAUCGGCGACAGCGGGCAGGCGUGCGAUCUCGGCCGUCCGACGUUUCAUCGGACGGUCGAGAGCACGUCCAGACCGAGAAUGUGGUUGCGGAUUUGUGGAAGUGAGUCCGCCCGCCCUCCUCAAGUCCUCUUCCCCUUGUCGCCAAACGAGAGCCAUUUGUGAAGCUUCUUUCCUAUAUUCCACUUUCUUGUUUCGUCCCUCCCCACCUCUCCUCUUCCACCCCCCUCACAUGGUGUGAUCGGCCAAGCGAAGGGACCACCGCAGCCAUGCCUCCGCCGGUAGCCGCCGCGCUGGUGAUGCUGCUCGCCGUGGCCUUGGGCGCGGCGCGCGCCGCCGACGACCUAGCGUCCGACACCGCGGCGCUGCAGGCCUUCAUCGCGCCCUUCGGGUCGGCGUCCGUGUCCUGGAACGCGUCCCGGCAGACGUGCUCCUGGACCGGCGUCGUCUGCUCCGGCGGCCGCGUCACGGGGCUCCACCUGCCCGGGGACGGCCUCCGCGGCUCCGUCCCCGUCGGCGCGCUCGGCGGCCUCACCAGGCUCACCGUGCUCUCGCUGCGCUUCAACGCGCUCUCCGGCCCGCUGCCGGCCGACCUGGCCUCCUGCGUCAAGCUGCGGGUCAUCAACCUGCAGUCCAACCACUUCUCCGGUGAGCUCCCGGCCGCGAUUCUCUCCCUCCCGGCGUUGACGCAGCUAAACCUCGCUGAGAACCGGCUCUCCGGGAGAAUACCGCCCGCCAUUGCCAAGAGCGGGAAGCUGCAGCUGCUCUUCUUGGAGGGCAACCUCUUCACCAAAGAGCUGCCCAACGUCGACAUGCCAUCCCUCUUGUCUUUUAACGUCUCCUUCAACGACCUCACCGGCGAGGUUCCCAAAGGCUUCGGCGGCAUGCCCGCCACGUCUUUCCUCGGCACGACACUGUGUGGCAAGCCCCUCCCGCCGUGUCGAACACCAUCUACCCAACCACCGUCCCAGCCUCCCACGGUUGCCCCCGAAGCCGCGGCCGCGGGAAACGGCCGCGGGCGAGGCCGGCGACACCUCGCGGGCGGUGCCAUCGCGGGCAUUGUGAUCGGCUGCGCUUUGGGCUUCCUGCUUAUCGCCGCCGUUCUGGUCCUUGCCUGUGGCGCCCUGCGCCGGAAGCCAAGAAGAACCUACCGCAGCCAGGACGCCGUCGCGGCGGAGCUGGCCCUGCACAGCAAGGAGGCGAUGAGCCCGAAUAGCUACACUCCACGGGUCUCCGACGCGCGGCCGCCACCGCCCGCAUUAAUGCCGCCUCCGGUCGCCCCCGUCUCCGUGGGGCGGAAGAAGCUUUUCUUCUUCGGGAGGGUGCCGAGGCCGUACGAUCUGGAGGACCUGCUCCGCGCGUCCGCCGAGGUUCUUGGCAAGGGCACGUACGGUACCACGUACAAGGCCGCGCUGGAGACGGCGCCGGCGGUGGCAGUGAAGCGUCUCAAGGAGACGUCGCUGCCGGAGCGCGAGUUCCGGGACAAGAUCGCGGCUAUCGGUGGGUUGGACCAUCCUAACGUCGUGCCACUGCAGGCCUACUACUUCAGCAAGGACGAGCGGCUCAUGGUGUACGAGUUCGUCGCCACGGGCAGCCUCUCCUCGAUGCUUCACGGCAACCGUGGCGCCGGGCGAUCGCCGCUGAGCUGGGAGUCGAGGAGGCGGAUCGCGCUGGCCUCGGCGCGCGGCCUGGAGUACAUCCACGCGACGGGCUCCAAGGUGGCGCACGGCAACAUCAAGUCGUCCAACAUACUCCUCGGGCGGUCGGUGGACGCGCGCGUGGCGGACCACGGCCUGGCGAGCCUCGUCGGCCCGGCCGGCGCGCCGUCGAUGCGCGUGGCGGGGUACCGCGCCCCCGAGGUGGUCGCCGACCCGCGGCGGCUGUCGCAGAAGGCGGACGUGUACAGCUUCGGGGUGCUGCUGCUGGAGAUGCUGACGGGGAAGGCGCCGACGAACGCCGCGCUGCACGACGAGGGCGUGGACCUCCCGCGGUGGGCGCGGUCCGUGGUGCGCGAGGAGUGGACGUCCGAGGUGUUCGACACGGAGCUGCUGAGGCAGCCGGGCGCGGAGGAGGAGAUGGUGGAGAUGCUGCGGCUGGCCAUGGACUGCACCGUGCCGGUGCCCGACCAGCGGCCGGCGAUGCCGGAGAUCGUCGUGCGCAUCGACGAGCUCGCCGCCCCGGGGUCGGCGUCGUCCAUGGCACGGCCUGGCCGGAGCAUCUCGGUCGACGAGGCCGACGACCGGCCGCUCAAGCCGGCCGGGUCGAUCCGAGAGAGCUGAGGCUCGGUCGGUGUCACCCAGCAUGGCGACCGUUCGGUAAUUUACGGAAGAUUCUGAAGAAAAGAGAAUCUUGUCUUCUUGCGUGUGUCUUUAGGGCAUUACUUAUUUACCACCGUGUGCUUUCUACUUUCUUUUUUUGAAGUUUCAUGAAUUUCUUGAUUCUUCUUCCUUGUCACGAAUUCUUUGGAUUAGCUGCGUGUGUUGAGGGAUGCUGGCGAUAGGAGAGGCACUGCUGGUUCUGAGACAGACAGAGUAUGUAAUUACAUCAUCAUCAUGGAGUUGAUUUUGUUGCGAUCG